AGCCGCAGGAAUAUGCUGGAAGCCAGCGGGCGGGCACCCGGGAGGUGCUGAAGGGACAGUUCCCGCAGACGAACUUGCCCGCUGAGGGAGGGGGGUGGAGCGGCCCCCGAGCUGGCGGGGCACGUGAGUGAUGGAGACCAUCUGGAUCUACCAGUUCCGCCUCAUAGUGAUCGGGGACUCCACCGUGGGCAAGUCGUGCCUCCUGCACCGCUUCACCCAGGGCCGCUUUCCCGGACUGCGCUCCCCAGCCUGCGACCCUACGGUCGGCGUGGACUUCUUCUCCCGCUUGCUGGAGAUCGAACCCGGCAAGAGGAUCAAGCUGCAGCUCUGGGACACGGCGGGACAGGAGCGGUUCAGAUCAAUAACUCGAUCUUACUACCGCAACUCAGUUGGUGGAUUUUUAGUAUUUGACAUUACUAACCGACGAUCUUUUGAACAUGUGAAAGAUUGGCUAGAAGAAGCAAAAAUGCACGUGCAGCCAUUUCAGAUUAUAUUUCUGCUAGUGGGACAUAAAUGUGAUUUAGCUUCACAACGUCAAGUUACAAGGGAAGAAGCUGAAAAACUGUCAGCAGACUGUGGUAUGAAGUAUAUAGAAACCUCAGCAAAAGAUGCUACAAAUGUUGAGGAAUCCUUCACGAUCUUGACAAGAGACAUAUAUGAACUUAUCAAAAGGGGAGAAAUUUGUAUUCAGGAUGGCUGGGAAGGGGUUAAAAGUGGUUUUGUUCCAAAUACUGUACAUUCUUCUGAGGAAGCAGUGAAGCCCAGGAAAGAGUGCUUCUGCUGAUUUCAGACAUGCCAAAGAACUAACAAGAACAGAUUGGGUGUCAUUUUAGGAUAAAUACUAACAUUAACAGGAGAAUGAUACAAUGAAAGCAUUAAAAAAAAAAUGGUCAAUCAUGUUAACACUAUUUUGUAAGGCAUUCGAUUCAGAACACUAUGCUUACUUGUUACACUACAAAAUUGGGUAUUGUGCUAAAAUAUCAAGCAAAACAGACAACUUUUUCUUGAAACUGUAGUAGAAUUACCCCCAUUCUCACUUUGUUGGCCUUAAUGUCCAAAUACGUCAAUAUUACUCAUUUUUCUUGACAGCUUGAAAUGGGUUUUGUUUUUUUUUGUCUGAUGGAAAAGAUUUUAUCAGGAAUUACAUUCUCUUGAGUUAAUUUAUUAAAAUUGAAUGGUAAAGUGAAUGUAAAAGUGCACUGUUCACUUACAAAUGAAAUAAUCUCAGAAGUCUCAAUAGGACUUCUAAAAUAGCAAUUCCUUGUUUAAGGUACCAAGUUUUUAACCAUUCUCUGUAAUAUUUAUCCUCCUUUAAUUUUGCCUGAACAUAAAAUAAGUUUUAUACUCAUUUUUGUUUUCUGAUUUGUUGCUCCUAAAAUUUUUAUGUUUUAUGAAGUUAUCUAAGGAUUCAAGCAAAAUAUUUUAUUACAAAUAUUUGUAAAAAUUAAAACAAAGGAACAAUCAUCAGCAAAUGUUAUGAUGUCAUAGUAUACUGUCCUUAUUUAGAUAAGAAAAACAAAUUUAUUU